UAAAUAUAAAACUUUCCCAAGCUCCUCUCCAAAAUUUUCUCAACCAAGAAGCCAAAAUCACCACACAAUAAUAAGUGUUGCACACUCAACAGAAUGCCACUGCCAACCAUUUUGUUGAGAAUUUUCUGUCUAAGACACCUCUUUGACACAAUUCUUCUCUCCUUUGUGUCCAAAAAGUUCAGGCCAUCUAAUCUUCUCCCAAAAAUUACAAUCAGUGGCAUGAAAAUCAAUAACUGUAUCGUUGUUUAACCACAGAAUAAUGGAGACAGAUGAGCUCAAGCGUGUCUUUCAUAUGUUCGACAGGAAUGGUGAUGGAAGGAUCACGAAAAAGGAGCUGAAUGACUCGUUAGAGAACAUGGGGAUCUUCAUGACUGAUUCAGAUCUGGUGCAGAUGAUCAACAAGAUUGACGUGAAUGGCGAUGGAUACAUCGAUAUUGAUGAAUUUGGUGCUCUAUAUGAGACCAUAAUGGAAGAGCGAGAUGAGGAGGAAGAUAUUAGAGAGGCCUUCAAUGUGUUCGACCAAAAUGGGGACGGCUACAUUACCGUGGAUGAAUUAAAAUCUGUCUUGGCAUCGCUUGGUCUCAAGCAAGGGCGGACCGUUGAUGACUGCAAGCGGAUGAUUAAGAAAGUGGAUGCUGAUGGAGAUGGAAUGGUGAAUUUUAUAGAGUUUAAGCAGAUGAUGAAAAGUGGUGGAUUUGCUGCAUUGAGUUAACAAGAAAAUCGACAAGACCUUGGAGGUUGGAAUUGUGUAACCUUUAAGCAAAGGUCUGAGGACAGUUCUUAGAGAAGUUUCUGGGAUGGAGCCUUUACCACCUUAAUAAGCCAACUUGAUGCUAAUGUUAAUUAGUCAAUCAAGUGAACUUGGAAUACUAGAUGCAAAAUCAGAAAAUGAAAAAUAGAGAGAAAAAAACACUCAUUUUCCGCACCGUUAUGUUUGUUUGAAUAGAAAGAAAGAACACAGAUAAAAAGGAGUUUUCCUGCUCUUUUCGUAGGUUUACGACUUGUAAAUAGUUUGUUAUAUUUUCUAAUUCUUUAUUUCAUGUUCUUUGGCUCCUCCCCUAAAGAAUCUUGAUAGAAAAGCAUUACUCCCUCAUUUUCAUGUUAUUAAUCUUUGUGUACACAUUUGUGCGGGAUAGAAUUACCUCCAGUCUUUUAUCCUACAGUAAUGUUCAAUAAAGGUUUUGAUUGAAACUACAUGUCCUCUAGAGAUCUAAAGGUUUAUAUUGUAUCUCUUAUCCUCUAUUCUGUUUAACAGGUGAUGUGAAGAGGGAUUUAAAAAAAUUUACUUCUUAUUUGCAAGUUAAUGAAGGAAAUCCAACUACUUUCUUCUCAUUUCUACUUUGUUUUGUUAUAUAUCUAUUAAACUCCCAAGAACACAAUAGAAGCUCUAUCUUGCUUCUAUUCCAUUCUCUCAUUGUGAUCUUCUUUACGUGUGUGUUUGAAAUAUUUCUCGUUUCUUAGAAGCAUGUUUCACUUUCUACUAUUAUGAUUUGGGGUACAGAAUGACAACCAGAACACUCUCAGAUUGAAUGGACCCUUCAGUAUUAUAUCCUCCAGUAAACUUCAGUGGACCCUCUUUCUUCUCCUUCCUCCGUCACCUUGAAUUUUCCACCAUUACUAUUACUGACCUUUCACAAUUCUUCUUUGGUUGAUUAAAUUAUCAUUAACUCUUUCUAUAUUACUUUUAAAGAAAACUAAUAUCCAAUCACAGAA